AUGACUGAAUCCAAAAUCCAUUUCUUCGAUCUCCUAUCAGACCUACCGGGCACUUCCAAGUCAUGGUCUCCCAGAACUCUCCGGACCAGAAUGGUCCUUAACUUCAAGGGUAUCCCCUACACCCAAAGCUGGGUCUCAUACCCGGAUAUCGCACCUUUACUCAAGGCGCAUGGCGUCCCACCCGCCAAGUCAACGACACCCUACACACUACCGGCAAUCAGCCACAAGGGAUCAAUUACCAGCAACGAAGACGGCGUGCUAAUGGAAUCCGAGGCGAUCGCCCUGUACACCGACAAGCUGUACCCGUCGCCCCCGCUCUUCCCCUCCGGCGACGCAAGUUACUCGCUCGUGGUCGCCGUGGACAAGAUCGUGGAGCUGAUCGCACCGAGUACCAAGUCGCUGAUCGUUCCCAGAGUUCCAUCUGGACUGGAUGAGCGUGGACGGGAGUACUUUAUCCGGACGCGCUCCGCGGCGUUCGGGAAGCCGCUUUCUGAGGUCAGGCCGACGGGUGAGGCGGAGUUGCUUGCGCUAUGGCAGCUUAUCGAGAAGGAGAUGGGAACACUGGUUAAGAUGCUGAAGGGUAAGGAGGGGAAGAAGGGGCCGUUUUUGGAGGGUGAGAAGGCUGGCUAUGCGGAUAUUAUUCUCGCUUCACUUUUGGGUUUCUAUGAGCGCUUUGACCAGGGUACCUUUGAGAAGAUUCUUGCUCUUGGGGAUGGGGAGUUGAAAGCAUUUUAUGAAGCUUGUCUCCCCUGGCUUGAAGGGCAAGGGGAGGAGAAGGAGUGGCCGGUUUCCCAAUAG